AUGUCAAAAGUUGCAUCUCUUUUUGGAGGCAAACGAGCUGAAAGAAAAAAGAUCGAAGAUUUCAAUAAACCUGUUACAGAAGUUAUCAAUCUUGAUGAUAAGCAAGAAAAUUCUAAGGAAUUAAUUUUUUCAAAUGUUCACAAGGAAACUAAGCCACCAGAAAAUAAACCAAAGUACAUAUUUCAGGCAAUUGAUAAAGCUGCUGAACGUAAAUACAUUCAAAACUGCUUAAAAGAUAAAAGAUUAGAAAGAGAAAUCGCAGACUGGGAAGCAAAGAACGGUCCAGCACUUAAAUUCGACACAAUACAAGGAAAUUCAAAUAUUCCUGAAGAAAAUGGAGAAAUUUUAGAAGAAGGAAAAGAAGAGACCAAAACAGAAACAGCUGAAAAUUCUAAAUGGCCAUCAGAAGCAGAGUUUGAUGAAAUGCGAGAACGUUAUAUGAAACGACUUCAAGAAGAUGAAAUAUUAAAAUUUCAUGGAGGUAAAAAGGCUCAAACUGAGCUCCUUUACUAUCCUGAAAUAUGCGGAAUUCCUGUAAUACAGUGA